AUGCGGGGCAGACUAUGUGUACAUGCAGCUUUGAUACUGGUGCGCCUACACAUCGCGCUAUCCCCGAGCUACAUCCAUCCCGAUGAACACUUUCAGGGGCCCGAGAUCAUCGCGGGUAUGUAGUAGCAUCUCACAGCACUCGCAGCAAACACUCGUUGAUCAGAUUACCUGCAGGCGAAGUGCUGGGAUAUCCCAUCUACAGAACCUGGGAGUUCACUUCAUCGCAACCCAUCCGGAGCAUAUUUCCCUUCUGGCUGGUGUACGGCUGGCCAUUGACCGUUUUGAAAUGGAUCUGGGAAGGUCUUGGUUAUGGGCCUGUUCCCCCAAUCAUCGCAUUCUACGCCCUUCGCACCAUCAUGUUCCUCCUCAGCUUCGUCUUGGGCGACUGGGCCAUCGAUGAGCUCGUUCCGGCCCUUCAUGAUCGCAGGAUGGCCAUUAUGCUCGUCUCAUCCUCCUAUGUGACCUGGGCAUACCAGACUCACACCUUCUCAAACAGCAUCGAGACCCUCAUCGUGCUCUGGUGUCUGGUUCUCAUCAUUCGACUGAGAGACAACACCCACGAGACAGUCUGGACCGCUUGCGCCGCCCUGGCUUUCAUCGGAGUCCUGGGCAUCUUCAAUCGCAUCACAUUUCCCGCUUUCAUCCUGGUGCCUCUGGUCCAGAUCAUCCCCAGCCUGUACCACAAACCACUUCGCAUUCCUAUAAUGCUUGGCGUCGGCUUCCUCACUGCGGCCGUUGCCAUCACCAUGGAUACCGAAUUCUAUGCUCAACGACGUCCACACAUCAGAGAGCUACACAAAGCAGCUGUCAUCACACCGUGGAACAACCUGAUCUACAAUCUGGAUGAGGCAAACCUGGCCGAGCACGGCUUACAUCCCUUCUGGCAGCACUUCACCGCCAACUUACAACAACUGAUUGCGCCGGCGACGCCGCUGGUCCUCUUCUCAAGCCGCAAGAAUACUCUCUUCUGGUCAGCCAUCGCAGGCAUCGCUAUACUCUCAUGUUUCAAGCAUCAAGAAGCUCGCUUUCUCCUGCCCGCUGUACCGUUACUUCUAUCUUGCGUCAAAGUGCCAAGGCAUUACGCCCGUCCUUGGGUUGCUAUCUGGAUUCUUUUCAACAUCCUCGGUGGCAUCCUUUUCGGCAUCUAUCACCAAGGUGGUGCCGUCCCCGCUCAGGCAUGGAUAGCACAACAGGAUAACAUCGGCCAAGUCUUCUGGUGGAAGACAUAUAGUCCGCCAAGGUGGCUUCUAGAUGGCAAGAACAACGAAAUUACUACAACAGACUUGAUGGGCAGGCCGGGUGCCGAGAUGGUGCAGCAGAUCAAACAGUCCGCAAGCUGUGGAGAUGGAGGCAACAGAACCUUACUGGUCGCGCCACACAGCGCGACUUUCCUGGACUUUUAUAUCGGACCCAGCGAUUUAGCAAGAGACUUUACACUGCAGGAGCUUUGGCGUUAUCGGAAGCAUGUCGGCUUGGAUGACCUGGACUUUGGAGACGAUGGUGUAUGGCCGACGCUGCAGAGAGUAAUCGGGAGGAGAGGACUCGGUAUCUGGCAAGUCGAUAGAAAUUGUUAA